AUGCCACGUCGGAGAAAGAGACAUCGUUACGAUUUGCAUCGUAGUUUUGGUAGCCUAAAGGAUUACUACGGACUUCCACUAUUUCAAAGGCAUUCCCGCCAUGUAGUGUAUUCACUCGGUCUCACUCCUCACUCUCGCCGAAAUAGUCUCUCUGAGUAUCGUAUCAUUGGCUCAUCACGGGAGCAGGUUGUCUUGGAGGUCAUGCAGACGUAUAACCCCACCGCUCCAACCCGACAAGUAUGUGACCGCUUUUUGGAAGUAGCCGCGUUACUUUCUCUCUACUACGACGCUGUGGACUUGCUCCAUCAAAUGCCGAAAGCUUGA